AUGGCGGAGAAACAUCCUCCUUGGUGGAGGUCUUUCGUGGGGAAGAGGAGAAAAGCUGCUAGAGAAUCGGCAGCAGCGCUCGAGCAGGAGCGCGCCCACAAGUCACAGACAGCUGCGGAAAAGAGACCGCAGCUGUCAGAGCAAGAUCCCACAUCGGAACAACAGCAAACAGAGGGGGGCCCCAGCGAUGAGACGUAUGAUGACUCUGAGUUCACGUCCGCUUUCAGCGAGACCACAAACCGUCGAAACCUGCGCGUGUCCCGUUCGGGUCGCUUCAAAGAAAAAUCGCGGGCGCGGGUAGGCCUGCCGCAGAAUUACAAGGAAGAGACAAAGACAUCAGACAAGAAUAACGAUGACUCACGAUAG